ACUCUGUGCUUAUUGGUAUUCCGUCGGGUGUGGUGUUACGACAAAACGUACUUGAGGUUUGAAGAACAAAGGAGUCAGGAUAUGCCCAUUGUCCAACCUCCGUGAAUCAGCGGCCAUCGAGUCAGUGCCUCGAUCCUCGAGUGUCGAACCUCAUUGAUAACGCCACUCGUAAAGAUACUUUAGAAGACAGCAGACAAAUAAAUUGUCGCUCAUCGAUGGCGUGGCUCGUGUGGUGUUCCCUAGCGGCGCUGUGUGCCCCCGUGCUGGGCCACGGCCGCGUGCUGGACCCCCCGGGCCGUGGGACCGCCUGGCGCGCCGGAUUCCCCGCCAAGCCCGACUACGAUGACGACGGGUUGAACUGCGGAGGGUUCUACCAUCAGUGGUCGGUGAAUGGCGGCAGAUGCGGCGUGUGCGGCGACGCCUACGACUCCCCAACCCCUCGCGCGCACGAGCUGGGGGGCACCUACGGGCAGGGAGACAUCGUGGCGAGCUACCGGCCCGGGGCUUCCCUCCGCGCCGUCGUGGACCUGACCGCCUCUCACAAGGGAUACUGGGAGUUCCGCCUCUGCCCCGACCCGCUAGCCAACCAACAAGACUGCUUCGACAAAUAUGUAUUGCAACUCGAGCAAGGAGGGACUAAAUACUACCCUACAGAAGGCAGCACGAAAUACGCAGUGACUUACAAACUCCCUGAAGGUCUAAUCUGUGAGCAUUGUGUGCUGCAGUGGAAGUACACUGCAGGCAACAACUGGGGCGUCUGCGCCAACGGCACGCAGGGGCUGGGCUGUGGGAACCAGGAGGAGUUCCGCGCGUGUUCAGAUGUGUCCGUGACAGUCGCCAGGACUCAUGAUGUGGAGCCUCUAGAGACGGUGCCUGAGGGAUACGAGGAGAUCCCGUAUCCGCUGUUCUUCUACUUGAGGCAUGGGUUCUUCGACUUGGAGCAAGGUCUCCGCGACAUGCUACACCGGCCGGCGCGCCGCCAGGCUCGGCCCAAGAAGCACCGGCGGCCUCGGAAGAAACACCGGAAGAAACAUACCAAGCGGAAGUUUAAAAAAGUAAGGCUCUUUUGAUGCACAUGUGUAAAAAAGUUG